UUUAACACAAAUAAGUGACCUGACAAUCACGUGAUCUCUCUCUUUCUCCCCGCUGCCUACUCGUCCACUCUACUACUACCAGUCUUUGAUUCUUGAACCCACCAUCCCCUCCAUUAACCCCACUCCCCCACCUAAACAAGCCCAUGUUGUUCUUUCCUCGUUUUAAGAAAUCUUCCUCAAAAUCCACGCGGCGUUGUCUGGUUUCUUGAAAUUCUUUCUUUCUUUCUUCACUUCCCAUUUUGCUCUUUUUCUCAAAGUUGAAACCAUUGUUGGGAGUUCUUGAAACCCCUUCACUGGAAGUUUUUUUUUUUUCACUCCCAGGAUCUUCUUUUGUAGUUGAAGGGAAAUGGGAUUUAUUUCACGGAAGUUAUUCCCAGCAUGUGGGAACAUGUGCAUUUGUUGUCCUGCUAUGAGGUCUCGAUCUCGACAACCCGUGAAGCGUUACAAGAAAUUGCUAGCUGAAAUCUUCCCUAAAUCACCAGAUGGCUCGCCUAAUGACAGGAAAAUAGUGAAAUUAUGCGAAUAUGCAGCAAAAAACCCUUUCAGAAUCCCCAAGAUCGCGAAGUAUCUUGAAGAGAGAUGCUUCAAAGAGCUGCGAAGUGAGCACAUUAAAAUUAUCAAUGUCAUUGCUGAGGUGUACAAUAAGUUGCUUUGCAUGUGCAAAGAGCAAAUGGCAUAUUUUGCUUCUAGCCUUUUAGACAUGGUUGUCGAACUGCUGGAUGACUCUAAGAGAGAUGCUAUCAGGAUUACUGGUUGCCAGACCCUGACCAGGUUUAUUUAUAGUCAGGUAGAUGGAACAUACACAUAUAACAUAGAAACUUUGGUUCCCAAAGUAUGUUCAUUGGCACGGGAGACUGGUGAAGAACAUGAAAAGCGCAGCUUGAGGGCAUCAAGUUUGCAAUGUCUUUCUGCCAUGGUUUGGUUCAUGGCUGAGUUCUCUCAUAUAUUUGUUGAUUUUGAUGAGAUUGUUCAUGUGACUCUGGAUAAUUAUGAGCCUGAAAUGCAUAAUGAAGACUUUGAACGAGGGGAGGCACAUCACAAUUGGGUGGAUGAAGUUGUUAGAUCUGAAGGUAGAGCUGUUGGUAGUGAAUAUGGUCCUUGCCAAAUCAGACCCAGACCUGAUAAGAAAGAUCCAUCUUUAUUAACAAGAGAAGAAAUUGAAACACCAAAAGUAUGGGCUCAAAUUUGUCUUGGAAGGAUGGCUGACCUGGCCGAAGAGAGCAGUACAAUGCGCAGGGUGUUAGAUCCAAUGUUUGUCCAUUUUGAUCAUGGGAGGCACUGGGUUUCUCCACAUGGAUUGGCUGUGAUGGUUCUCUCCGAUAUGAUCUACUUUGUUGAAAGUUCAGGAAAUCAACAAUUGAUUUUAACUGGUGUAAUUCGUCAUUUAGACCACAAGAAUGUGGCACAUGAUCCUCAGAUGAAGUCUUUUGUCAUUCAAACUGCUACUGCUUUGGCUCGACUCAUUAGAUUGGGAGCUAGUCUCUCAGACAUACGAUUUGUCGGUGACUUGUGCAGACAUUUGCGUAAGAGCCUUCAAGCAACUGUCGAAUCAGUUCAAGACCAAGAGCUUAACUUCAAUCUUGCACUUCAAACAUCCAUCCAAGAAUGCUUUCUAGAAACUGCUAAAGGGAUUGUUGAUGCACGACCACUGUUUGAUAUGAUGGCAAUGAUGCUGGAGAAGUUGCCCUCUCUUAAAGUGGUUGCCAGGGCUACAAUGGGAUCCUUGAUCAUUCUUGCUCAUAUGAUCUCGUUAGCAUCUGUUGUUUCACGAUGUCAGCAGGUGUUCCCUGAGGAGCUGUUUGUUCAGCUACUGAAAGUGACAUUGCAUCCAGACGUUGAAAUACGGAUUGGAGGACACCACAUCUUUUCUGUUCUCCUAAUUCCAAGUUCUAACCAUAUUAGACAUGACAUAGCCAACCACACAAGGAGAUGGAAUGCCAACGGCACAUCUACAUUUGUGUCAAUUACUUCUUUACUUGAGAAGCUUCGAAAGGAAAAGGAUGGAAUUAAGUUGAAGGAAGGGCAUGGUGUUCAAGAUGAUUUAAAGGAGAGAGAUAAUGUUGAUGAGGAACACAAGCAGGGUUUGGCCCUAAACAGUUCACCGAAGUUUCAAAAAUUUAGUUCUAUGAUUGAUUGUACAGCUGUAUCAGUUGGUUGCUUGAAUGAGGGUGAACCAUACAUUCUGAAGCUAAACAAGGAUCAAAUUGUCCAGUUGCUGUCAGCCCUCUGGCUACAAGCCAACAUGCCAGAUAAUUUACCUGCAAAUGUUGAAGCUAUAGUUCAGUCAUUCUGCUUAACACUUAUUACUUCACGUGUUAAGAAAACCAACAAUAACUUACUGAUCCGCUUUUGUCAGCUUCCUCUAUCACUUAUGAAGUUAUCCCUGGACCCUAAUAAUGGAUUGUUGCCUCCAGCAUACCAGCGUUCACUUCUUGUGUUAUCAGCUGCAAUGUUAGCAUUUUUGGCGAAGAUUUAUCAGAUAACUGAACUGAAUAUUUUACUUGAAACAUUGCGGGAUUUUGGUGUUGAUCCAUUUCUGGGUAUCAAUGAUGGUUAUCAAGUGUACCUGAAGCCUCACGCAGAUGUGAGAAAAUAUGGUUCUGCAGCUGAUAACGAAGCAGCUGUAUCAUCACUAUCAGAAUUGCGGAACAAAAUUCAAGAGUGUCAUGAGAUAAUAAAGGACAUCUUAGUUAACUGUUUGUCUAGCAUUGCAGAGGUUGAGGAAGAUGACGUAUUCAAGCAGCUGUCAGAGGAUUUCACACCUGAUGAUACUUUCAUCUUUUGUCUAAAAUCAAUGGUUGACAUGGAUCAUGUCCAAACAGGAUCACACUCCAGAGAUUCACCUUCAUUUGAUGAGGAAUUUUAUCUGAAUUCGUUUGUAGAGGAUGACAAAGUAAGUGAAUCCUCAAUUGCUGACAUCACCAGAUUUGUUCCCAGAAUUCCUAUGUCUCCAUCUCCUUCGAUGUCUCAUGUUGUGAGCAUUGGACAGCUUCUUGAAUCGGCACUCGAGGUGGCUGGUCAAGUAGCUGGUUCAUCUGUUUCAACUUCACCACUUCCAUAUGAUACCAUUGCUAGUCAAUGUGAAUCUCUUGGCACAGACUCCAGAAAGAAACUCUCUAAUUGGUUAGCUCAUGAAAAUCAUUGUGCAAAAGCAGCUGGUAUGGUGUAUCCUGCCUUCCCUGCAAAUGGGCCAUCAGCUGUUGCUAAGAUACUUCAAGAAGAUGGACCUGUUAGAGGACCUCCACUAUCAAAUGAACCAUGGCUAGCAUUGAGGCUACCUCCAGCAAGCCCUUUUGAUAACUUCCUUAGAGCAGCUAGAGGUUAGAUCGAUGCACACAAUGCAACUGCACCUUAGUUUGUAAAUGACAUCACAUUUAGCUAGUGAUCGACUAGUAGGUUUAGCUAACCCUUUUGCUUUAAUUCCAACUCUGGAGCUGUCAUGCCCCAGCUUAUCGAGUGUUUGUAUUACUAAGGUGUACUUUUGUUGUAUCAUUGUUGUAAACCGCAGUUUUACUAAGUUGUAUUUAAUUCUAACUUAUGUUAGUCCUCUAUAACUAGGCUUGCUUUACAACUCCA